AUGUACCAGGACUAUCCCGGGAACUUUGAUACCUCCUCCAGGGGCAGCAGCGGCUCUCCAGGCCACCCAGAGACUUACUCCAGCGGCACAGCACAACAGAAAUUCCGGAUAGAUAUGCCAGGAUCAGGCAGUGCUUUUAUCCCCACCAUUAAUGCCAUAACGACCAGCCAAGACCUGCAGUGGAUGGUCCAGCCCACCGUGAUCACCUCCAUGUCGAGUCCCUACUCUCGCUCACAUCCCUACAGCCAUCCUCUGCCCAGCCUGUCUUCAGUUGGUGGACAUACAGCCCUUCAGAGACCUGGUGUCAUUAAAACUAUUGGGACCACAGUGGGCAGGAGGAGAAGAGAUGAGCAGCUGUCACCUGAGGAAGAGGAGAAGCGAAGGAUCCGGAGAGAGAGGAACAAGCUGGCAGCUGCUAAGUGUCGUAACAGGCGUCGAGAGCUAACAGAGAAACUCCAGGCGGAAACGGAGGAGCUGGAGGAAGAGAAAUCGGUGCUGCAGAAGGAGAUCGCUGAACUCCAGAAAGAGAAGGAUAAGCUGGAGUUCAUGCUGGUGGCUCAUGGCCCUGUGUGCAAAAUCAGCCCCGAGGAGCGUCGCACCCCACCAUCUCACAGCCUCCAGACAGUCCGGACUGGAGUGAGUGGAGCAGUGGUGGUGAAGCAGGAGCCGGUGGAAGAAGAGAUCCCAUCCUCCUCUUUGGGCCUUGACAAAGCUCAGAGAUCUGUCAUUAAGCCCAUCAGCAUUGCAGGGGGGUUUUAUGGGGAAGAGCCACUCAACACUCCCAUUGUGGUGACCUCGACGCCCGCCAUCACCCCUGGCACCUCCAACCUGGUCUUCACGUACCCCAGCGUGCUGGAUCAGGAGUCUCCUCUCUCCCCUUCGGAGUCGUGCUCCAAAGCUCACCGGAGAAGUAGCAGCAGCGGUGACCAGUCCUCAGAUUCCUUGAACUCUCCAACUCUGUUGGCAUUGUAA